AUGUCAUCAGGGAAUCGCAACAUCUGUCUCAGCAUCGCCGGACAUUCUGUUCUUGGAAAACCAGGGGUUUAUGAACAACCCAUGUUCGUGAAAGGUGGAUAUCAACAGCCACCCCUCCCUCUCAACAUUAUCUGUAAGGAUGCUCCGACUGCCACGCACUUGUACAGCGUGCUCCUACCAGUUGUCGAACGUAUCUACAAAUUGAAUCCCGAGAAAUUUGACAUCAAGAAAUCCGUCAACUCCAAUGAGUUCCAGGAGGUCGCCUGUGAGCUGGAUGGGGACGACUGUCUUAAAUGGGCUGUUAAGCUCAGAAAAUAUGUUGGGGUGUUUCUCUCUGGCUUGGAGGCACUGGCUAGCAUUGACUUAAGUAAAAACUCCCGUUUCAAGCAGGCGUUUGCCUUCAACAGUUUUGAAGAUGCCGUUGCCUUCCAGAUGGGAACCAGCGACAACCCAACAAAUGCGGCUUGGGAGUACAGCCCAUUGCAACAACCGCAUGCCGCUGAAAUCAUCCGUCAGCAGAUAACUCCAACCUCUCCACCUGACCCUCCUGCAUCCAUCCCUCCGCCAACACCAAGCCCCCCACCAACUCCGAAAUCUUCAUCAAAGAGCUUUGUAGUCUUGAGUUCGCCAACAAAGAGCUCUUCUACUCCACCUACUCCACGUACUCCAAGCCGCCGACAGGUCCCCCAGAGAAACAAGACUACGGCGGGCGGCAUCAUCAACAACAUCAAUAUAAACUCUAGCAGCCCUGGACCCUCCCGACGUUCGCAAUUUCAUUCUGGCGCAUAUUGGGGCCUUCGGUUGAUGGGUGCUCUUAAGCUUUCUGAUGGCGACGCAGCACAAGUUGAAGAGCGGCUUCAAGUGAGCACUUCGAAGGAGGACUUUGUGGAGGCAUGUCGCAGGUUCCCUGAACUCACAGAGGCAUUGGCACAGUUCUUGUGGGAUAUUCAUACUAAGUUGUAA